UGCUCAUCGCUCAUCAUCAUCAUCAUCAUCAUCUUCACUCCACUCACACACACAGAAAAAAACCAACCUCGCGGGGAACUCGGCGAGCGAGAAAGAGAGAGCGAUGAACGACGCCAUUGAAUUCAGGGUCGAGGCGCUGGCGUUCCAGUACGUGGGCUUGGGGCUGUUCACGGUGGUCAACAACCUCUGGACUCUGGUGGCCGUCGUGACCGCCGCCGUCAGCAUGUGGAGCAUCAGGGUCGCCGCCGGCUCCUCCACCGUCCACCGCCGUCGCCAGCCCAAGCCCGCCCCGCCAUGCGGCGACGGCGGCGCUAUCGGCAGGUCUGACGGGGGCGGGACGAUCCCGGAGCGGCGGCCGGCUGAUGCCGCAGAGGAAUCCGCACCGGCCGCACUCGUCCAUUCGAGCGCGACCUCGACGUCGGCGGAUUAUCCCAGCAGCGAUCUGAGAGACGGAGUGACGAAAGGGAGGAGGAAGUUCACGGCCUAUUACAGCGGAUGCGAGCGCGAGGGGGCGGAGGCGGAGGUGGAGGAGGAGGAGGAAGCCGGGGAGGGCCAUUCUUGCGGAGGAGGGGAGUGGUGGGAGAGCUGGGAGAGGGUGUUGAAGGCGAGGAACGGGGAAAUGUCGUGGUACCGGUGUCAGGACAGGAGGGUGAUCAACGGGGCCGUGGUGCGGCUGUGGGACGAGAGCAGAUGCGGGAGCGAAAGGAUGGACGGCUCACGCUGAACGGUGUGGUAGGUGUGGCAGGUGGUCGAGUCAGAAGCUGCGGUAGCCGGUGGCUCGUGCAAUAAUAGCUCGGUGGUUCAGGAUUGUGGAUUUUUAUUUUUCGGGGAUGUUUGAGGUUGUAAUUGUAUAUAGCUUUGUUGGUUAGAACAGCCAAAAACCAGAGGCGACAUGAAUGCAAUACUCUCGAGUUGC